UAACUAAUUCAUUUUAGGACAUUAAAUACAUUAGCAGUGGCAAUACACGUACCGACAAUUUACAAGGUGUAUAUAUAAUAAUGACUGCAAAUGACCAAUCACCCAAUGACUACAUAACGUCAUGCCCAAUAUGGAAUCUACUUCCGUAUCAAAAGAAAUUCAGAAAUCUUCAUGGAUGUUUUACGUUUCAGCAUUCACAGCGGAUUUGCUGCUUUUAAGCGUGGGAAGCUUAAAUGUUUUUCCAUCGGUGGUUUUUCCCAUACUAAAAAACAACAACACAGACAUAAACCCAUUUGGAGAACCAAUGAAACCCAUUGAAGAGUCUACAAUAAUGGCGUUGUCAGGUAUAGCUGCACUGAUAAGUUUUCUAUUAAUGGCAAAAAUAUCAGAAAAAAUUGGUAGAAAAUGGAGUAUGGUAGGCCUCGGUAUAUCAUUUGUUGGGUCUUUUACAGUCGUAGCCUUUGGAAGGCACGUAUAUAUUUACAUGUUAGCUUAUUUCUUAAACGGCUUCAUUUCAGCUGGUAUUAUAAUAAAUGUCUCAAUAUACAACAGCGAAAUUUCUAACGAAGACAACAGAGCUUGGAUUGGUUGCAUAGUAGGUUUGUCGAUGCCAGCAGGAAUCCUUUAUGGCUAUAUUUUCGGUGCAAUUAUCCAUGAUAAUAUCACACUGAUUAUUUUAAUAUGCGCGUUGCCCUGUGUUUUACAUGUAUUGUUAUCCUAUUUUAUUAUAGAAUCUCCAACCUAUUUAACCUCGAAAAGACGAAAAGUAGAAGCAUUAGACGCUUUAAGCAGAUUAAGAAGAUAUCAAUACUACAGUGAUAUUGAAAAGGAAUAUCAGUCAAUAGAGGAUUUCAGCUUUACCGGUAAUGACAAGCAAAAAGCGACAAUAUUUAGCUUAUUUAAACGGCGUGUUUCAAGGAAAGCUUUACUAAUUGGAAUGUUGCUAUUUGCUGCACAACAAUUAUCUGGAAGUCCAAUUAUUACUGCAUAUUUAGUCACAAUUUUUAACGAUGCCGGUACGCUGUUAUCUGGAAACACCGUCAGUAUUAUAUACGGAUCACUACAACUCGGUGUGUGUAUACUAGCUACAUUUAUGGUAAACUGGUUUGGAAGAAAACCGCUAAUCUUGAUUUCCACACUAGGAUGUGCCAUUUCAAUGAUGUGCUUAGGUGUUUAUUUUUAUAUAAAAGACAACAACAUCGCACCUAUUGAAGAUAUACGUUUGCUACCCAUUGCGUGUCUCGUUUUGUUCGUCAUAUCAUAUGGUAUUGCUUUGGCACCAAUUCCCAUGGUUUUAAUAGGAGAAUUAUUUCGUAAUGAACAGAGAGCCAUGGGAGUGGCUAUUAUUACUAUUGUUUUUUGUUUAGUGUCUACUGGUAAUUCUUUUACUUAUCCGCAAUUGAAGGUCCUUGCUGGAGAAUAUCUAAUGCUGGUUCUAUAUGGAUUAAUAUCAUUUGUAGCAUUAUUUUUAUUAUUUAAAUAUCUACCAGAAACGAAGGGGAAAACUUUUGUAGAAAUUCAAGAAAUUCUUAGUAAAUAAAUUUUACUUGUGAUGCAAUUUCCUAACAUUUUAUACAAAAUAAUUUUUUAUUGAGAAUAUAUAAGGUAUAUUAUAUUAAAAUACUUAUAA